AUGUCUACUCAAACAGCUCCGUUCAUCCCGCCUCGACCGGCCCGAUCUCCGCAACCACCCGCCUCAAUAGACAUGCCGAAGAUCCCCCCGCGUCCGUCAAACCGCCGCCUGGACCGGUCCGUCUCCCCCAUGCGAGACAGCUAUGCGCCGUCUCCCUUUAAUGAGUGGAACGGACCAAGCAUAGCUCGUACCACAUCCAAUGAUCUCCCUCCGCGCCCGCCGAGCGUCACGAUUCCCUCCCUGGGCGAAGAGGGCAUUGAGUACGCCGAUCUUGAUGUCGGAAACAUGGCGGACAGCCAUCAGCAGGCACCGACAGAGACCCGCAACGUUAACACUGACCUCAAAAUCCAUGCACCACGCCCUUCUUUGCCCACCUCAAGUGCUAAGGCGAGAGUUCAGGCGGUCACCCGCACAGAUUCCCGGCAGGCUGCGGCCGCGGGACUAGGCCGUGAAAGCUCCAAUUCUCCAGCCUUGGAUGAGCAAGACCGUCCUCGCCGAACGUCAAACUCCCGGGCGAGCCACUCGCGGGCCGACUCGAACGCCUCAUCUGACCGCCGACUUUCAGCACACCUCGGAGAAGAGCAUGGCUUCCGAGUUCCCAUGUACCCGAAUGCCGGUGACGUCCAGGCACCUUCUCCAAGCCCUUACCUUGAACAGGGCACCCAGCGACAAGGCCGCAACCAUCACCGCAGCCGUAGUGCCCGAGAUUCUUCUCUGCCUCCGGGCAGUUACGGUCUGCAUGGGCACGGCGUUCAGCACGCUGAUAAGUUCGAGAAGGCCUGGUACGAGAAGCACCCGGAUGAGUUCGUCAAGGAGGAGGGCCAGUAUGGCCCAGGUGUGGGCACUCCUCGGCCGGAUUGGGCUCUCAGUAGCGAUGAUCUGAACAAGAUCGUUCGUGGUCCCAGCCGCAGUGGCCCAGGCCUUGGCACCUCUCCUGCGGCCACAGGUACUCCAGAGGAAGAAGUGGGAUACCUUGCCUCAGAUGAAUACAUGCAUCGCAUGGCAUCUCCGCCUCCCGAUGCUCGCAACGAGUCACAGCCAGUGGUGGAAUCUCCGCUUCGACAGAUGAGUUUCCCAGCAUCCGAGAUUGAGCCCAAAGUUCCGGCCUCCCCAUUGCGCCAUGGCCGGAGUAGCUCUCAUGGACACCGUGCGGACGGCGAGGUGAUUCACGUCGAUGACCCUAUGCACCCUCUUCACCACCCAGACGGAUUUGCUCCAACCCCGGCACCGUAUGAGCACACACCUGAUGUGCAACAGCCUCUCGAAGACGAUGAGCCUAUUCUGGCUGCUGAUGAAGUGCGCCCCGAUUCCGCCUAUCUGCACCCUGCCAUCUCGCCUACAUUUGAGCACCGAGGAAGCCUUGACGAGGAGCGUAGCCGCACCCCAAGUGUCUCGCACAGUCGCUCUAACAGUAGAUCCGCAAGUGCUCAAGGUGCUCCUAUGCUGACUCGCUUCGAUUCCCGUGAGCCGCAUGAGGAUAUGUCCACUCCUCUGGAGGAUGUGGAAGAAUAUGAGCCUCUCUUCCCCGAGGAGGGAGAUUCGAAGAAGCCACGCUCUCUCUCGGCCACGGAACGUUUCAAGAAGCGCCCAGAUGUGCACAGAUUCCCGAGUGAAGACAUCUGGGAGGAUACUCCGAACAGUCUGCAACUCCACGCUACAGUGACGACCCCUGAUAUCCCCAAGCGCGAGUCUUCAGAGCUCUUUGAGACACCGGAACAAGAGGCUGCGCGAAGAAUGCAAACGUCCAAGGUUGAUUCUCAUCAGGUCGCGCGUCAUAUUCUUCACGGGGAUGGUGCACGUGAUAAGGCCAAGGUGCCUGCUCGACCCGAUGCCGUCAAGCAGCGGUUCCCCAGUCGGGACAUUUGGGAGGAUGCUCCUGAUAGUCAGCAACUGGUGACGACGGUCGACCCGGCAAACGAUGAAGUCAAGAGCCCCGAUGUGCCUUCGAAGCCCUCAAUUCCUCCACGCCCGCAGAAGCAAGUACAGGCAACAUCCCCAACCGACAAGCGUCCAGCGCCCCUCAUUCCGGACCGUCCGAAGCCUCAGAUUCCAGCUCGGCCCGCUAAGCCUGGCUCUCAGUCAGCUGAGGGUGCUGCCGCACCCAAGGCAAAGCCUGCGAUUCCCGCGCGCCCUGGUGGUAGUAAGAUUGCGGCUCUGAAAGCUGGCUUCCUCACAGAUCUGAACUCGCGUCUCCAGUUGGGUCCCCAACAACCUAAGCCCCAGGAGAAGGAACCGGAACCACCCGCCGAGAAGCAGCCGCUGAGUGAUGCUCGUAAGGGAAGAGCCCGUGGCCCGACCCGGCGAAAGCCUGCCACGGAGAACGCCAACGCUAGACUGCCCACUAUCCCAGAGAUCAAGAUCACUGAGACUUGGAAUGUGUGGUCGGUUGGCCAGGACGGUAAUCUGACUGUGGGUAGCGAGGACAAGAAGCCUUCUGUUCCCGCAGCGGAGCCUUCAGUCCCAUCUGAGCCCCCAAUGGCCCCCCAACUGGCCAAGAACACUGCCGGAGAAUCGGUCGACCCUGUUCCAGUGACUAAACCCGCGGCAGAGGAGGUCUUUGCCAACACUGUCGCUGCUCGAGAAGCCGAAGCCGCCGAGCCUCAAGUUUUGAAAGACGUCCCAGCGUCAAUCGAACCCCCUCAGCAGCCACCGAGCUCCCUUCCAAGCAACAGGAGCCCGAGCCAACCACAAGUCCAGCCGGAGCCCAGCCUCUCGCAGACCACGUCUCAACCUCGACCAAAAUGGAUGAUGUUCUCGAGGACCUGGCUGCAUCAGCCGAUGGCAAGAAGACCUCUGAUGGUGACAUUCACCCCACAGAGUCCUCUGCUUAAAUAA